AUGAAGCUUCCAAUGCCAAAAGAUAUUUUGUUAUCUACUCAAUCAAUCACAGAACUUACAUGCAACAUUUGCAAUUUAUCAUUCAUUUCUCCUUGUGAUUUUAAACUUCACAAGCUUGGGACCUUAGAGCAAGUCUCAAGUAAAGCCAAAGUUGAAGAAACUGAACCAAUUCCUUUGUUGUCUCAUCGACAUAAAUUUGAAUGUGAUAAAUGCUUAAAGAUUUUUUCUUCAGAAAAAGGACUACACCAACAUGAAGGGAAAAUUCACAAUUUUAGUAAGAGGUCAUUCAAAUGCCCUAUUUGUGACAAGAAAUUUAGAGACAAUUCAGCCCUGAAAUUUCAUACUAGGCAAGUGCACGAAAAGAGCACCCGAGUUAGCUGCAAUGAAUGUAAACAAACGUUUUACAGCAAAUACGUUCUUGAGAAGCAUUCUCAAAGAUGUCCGGCCCAAGAAAUUGAAAUUAGCAGUUAA